AGGAGAUGCUCUUUAGCACUUCUCUUUAGAAUUAUUCUUACCAAGCUUAUCAAGUAAUAUAUAGGAGGCGGCGUCGUUUUGCAGUAGGUCAUGGUCCGCAACUAGUUCCUAGAGAGAGAAAAAGAGCAUAGCCAGUUAGGGCGACAAAUUGAAUCGGCGACAAUGAUCUACGACGUGAACUCUCCCCUCUUCCGAUCCUUCCUCAGCCAGAAGGGCGGCUCCUCUGACAAGAGGAAAAUGGAAGAGCAAAAACCAAAGGAGCAGAAACCCAAGGCAAAUGAGAAUAAGCCUAUUAUGACAGAGUGAUAUCUGCUUGGGCUAUAAUGUUCUAAAUGGGAUAGGGUGGAAGAUGUCUUUACUCUAAUGAUAAGAGUUGAUAAUUACAUGAUUAAACCAAUGGUCAAGACUUUACCUUUGGGUUUGUAAUGGUCUCUGUUUGGACGUGUAGCUGUUCCUUUUUUUUAAUCUGAGUAUGGAUGUUCUUGUUCUUGUUCUCCUUUGUCCCUGAUUUUCUUCGGGUUUUUUUCUUUUGUGGAAUGAUCAAGGACUGGUGAUUUACUUAAAAGGAUUGAGGCUUUCUUUAGUAGAAAACUGAUGGUAGAUACUA